CCCAGUGAAGGUCGGGGGGGACUUUUACCGUGCUGCGCUGGUUCUUAAGAUACGGGUCUGUAAACGUAAAUAAUGAGAAACAAGGAAAGGGCAAGUGAGUGUGAACCAAGAUUACCUGCCAUAAAAAUAAAAGCCGGAAGACAGUGCUGUUGAAUCCUACAAAUCUGACAGGUUUUCACACUGAUACAAACAUUUACAGAAGUAAAGUAGUGUUUACUUUAGAGGGAGAUGGAGAACUCUACCCUUAGGUUAGAUCCGGUGUUUAGGCAUCGACUGAAUACUGAACCGAAGAACAACGGAGCACGCUAUAAGGUGUAGUUCGAACUUCCAGUUCCCAUCAUGCACAACAAUCCCCUUCCCAUCCUCUCUGUCAGACCCAUUCGGGCUCUGGUGGACGAACCAUUUAAGGUGUUGGUUGAGAAUCUUGGUCCGGGAUCUCCAGUGACGCUACACUCGCUCCAUCUUUCAGAAGAUGGAGACCACUGGGAGGCUUUUGGACACUACGUCAGCAGCCAGUGGGGAACAGUGUCUGUUGUGGAUGAUUUCAGCUUUGGAGGAACUUACAGUGGAAAAGAGCCCAUGGGUUUGUUGUGGAGUCAGCGGCCCGUUCCUGGAGGUCGCAGAGACCUCAGGUUAAGGAAGAUGAAUGUCACCACCCCCAUGCCAGUCCACAUCUCUGUCUACAGUGGACACCUGACUGGAGGCUUUCAGGACCGGGUUCCUCUGGCUUCAGUGCUGACAGAGAGAUGGUACAUGGCUCCUGGAGUCAAGAGGGUCAGCGUGAAAGAGGGAAAUAUUUUGGGGACCCUGUUUAUACCUCCAGGUCCAGGACCCUUCCCUGGGCUGCUGGACAUGUGGGGUGGAGGAGGAGGUCUGGUUGAGUAUCGGGCUGCGUUACUGGCAUCACAUGGCUACGUCACUUUCGCUCUGUCUUACUUGUCUGCUACUCAGGCUCCAGUUGAUAAAACCUUGUUUGAGUCAGUGUUUAACAUGAUCAAAACCCAUCCUCAAGUCAUCCCAGACAAAGUUGGAAUAUUUGGUCUUUCCCUCGGAACAUUAAUAACACUUUUCCUCGCAGUGGAGAGCAAAGUCGUCAGGCCCGCUUGUUGUGUUUGCGUCAGCGGUACACACUCCUUCAUACGUGACAAAGGCUCAACUCUGACCCUCUCUCAUGAUAUGCUGGGGGACUACAGCAAGGUCCGUGUGGAUGAGAACAACCAUGUUAUAUGGCAUGAUAUUACUCUUCCCAUUUCUACAGAUUUCUCACGAAAACUAGAUCUGAGCAAACUCAACUGUCCAUUGAUGUUGGUCAGCGGCACUGAUGAUCAGAAUGUUGCUGCUGUGGAAGCUGCCGAGGACAUGGCCCAGAUGAUACACGCCGCUGGAAAAGAUCACCUGCUGACCAAGCUGGUCUAUCCUGGUGCCGGACACCUGAUCGAGCCACCCUUCGCACCACAUUGUAGAUUCUCAAGGUUCAUAAACAAGGGAGAGAAAUUGACAUUGCUGUGGGGAGGACACACCAAACCUCAUUCUGACGCUCAGGAAGACUCCUGGAAGAAGAUCCUAGCCUUCCUGCAGAUGCACCUCUACAGCAGCUCCUGUCCAAGAGCCAGGAUGUGACUCUGGAGCAGCUGGAGAUCAAUCAGAACAUAUGGUUACAGGGUUAGUAGCAGAGGUGGAACCACAGAACAGUUUUCAUCACUGUCUUGAGUCGGUCGAGCUUCUUGUUGCUGCCGCUGUUUCCCUUAAAAAUCUAUUUAUAGCUAUUUAUGACUUCGUUCAAUGUUUGUAUUCCAGAUCUCAAAAUAUGACGUGAGUCGGUUAUCUUUUCAUUGACAAACAGAUUUGUUUUUGUUUCUAUAAAGUCAUUGUUUAUUCUUUUGUUGGGACAGGCCAAUGUAGGCAUGGUGUUAACUCAGACUAAAUGUCACUUACUAUAACAAACAGUUAAAAUUACGGUCACACUGAGCUUCUUGUCUCCUUCUCAGUUUCACAUGGAAGAGAAAUACAGUACAUCACCAACAGUGGAAGAUGAUACGAUAUUUAAUACUGAUAGGUAUUGGAGGUUAUGUGAUCAUGUGAGCAAAUUUGUCUGUCAAAAAAAAAUCAGGAAAUGCUGAAAAUGGGGUCAAGAUCAGAUGGUUAAAAUACGGUGGUGUUCUGGAGAUCAAGCUGGAUUUGUAAUCAUUUGAAGAUUUCUCAAUCUCUGCUUUUCACCCUAUGUUGCACAACCAGGUUUCACCUGCUGUCCCAUUGAGCUCAUUGCUAUCAGUGAUUUUUCAAAUGAAAAGAGGAAAACAAGACAGGCAACAAUGUAUACAGAUAAAAUAAAUGGAUCAUGAAUGCUUUUCAAGUUGUACAUAUGUGCAGUAAUUUGUGUUAUGUAUGGAUGUGUCAUAGCUCAGAACAUAGUCCACUGUGUUUGUGACGUUUCAGUUCAUUGGAGGACCCAGUGACAGUUUCUUAUAAUAAACAACAAUCCACAGGGAAGAGUAAAUCCAAAAUGAAGUCAAUGGGCUGUAGAAUUUGUCUGGAGGCCGUAAAAAAAAUUAAAAACUUAAACGUAGUUUGUGACGGCAAAAUUAUAAAACAAAUGAUAUUCAUGAUAUAUUAAUUAUUAGUUAAAUAUUCAUGAUAUGUUGUUCCAUUUUAUGUAAAGAUUCACAAUAUACUUCAUAAAAGCAGUUUUACAAGCCUUUUUUAUCCAUCAACUUGUUUAUUUGUGGUACAAGACAUAUUGUUCAUUGAGAUUAUUUUAGUAAUAAUAUUGAAUAUUUAAUACUUAUUACAAUUAUUACCAGUUAUGAGGAAGGAAAACGGAUAACAUGGGAACCUGAAAAAUAGCUAAUGACGUAUUUUUGGAACUAGAGACAGUUAGUCUGAUCCAAUCGGUUUUAAAUUAUUGAUUGAAAUAAAAAUGUAUUUCUAAUAAAAGUGCUUACAACAAAUAAGAGGUCAUUUUUCACACAGUCGACACCACGAAACAGAAUAACAAAAUUUAUCAAACUAAUGAGAUGAAAAAUUGAAAUAAAGCAUUUUAAUAACAGACUGAAGCGAACCGGAAAUGAACGGCACAGGAAACAGAAAUAAGCGAGGAGAGGAGAAACAUGGAAAGCAACGUGUUGUUCAAGGCAGCACACGCAUUGCAGUGCAUCUGUCCUCAAUGAAACUACCGCAGUCUUGCAGGUCAGACAUUCUUGCACUGCAUUCGCAGUUUUGAUGGAAGCAAGUUCUUCAA